AAAAGAAAACGAAUAAAAGCCACCAAAGUGAGCGGAGCGGCGAGCGGCCCGCGUGUGCGGCGUUUCGAAAGCAAACCGAGAGCGGUGCGGGAGGCGGUGAACACACCCCCGCCGGACCGCCCGCCCGCCCGCCCACUCGCCAUCGGGCCGCACAUCCUGUUGCACUCAAGGAUGUCUCCUUACGUGUCGAGGAAGCAGUCGCGCUGCGCCCGCCGAGCUCGAGACACGCGUCCUCCUGUCGCUGUCGCCGCUGUCCUCGCCAUGGCGCCGUCUCGGAUGGCGCUGCUUCUCGUCUUCCUCGGCGUCGGAUCGGCUCUCGGUUCAGAUCUGCAAGGGACCCAGCCAGACAUCUCCACCACGAGUGAGAAGAGCUCAGCCAGCAGCACCACAACCAUCCUGGUGCCACCCACCAGCAUGGCAUCAAGUGUCACCAACAGCAGCACUCAGAGCAGCACAUCAGUGGCCACCACCAGCUCUAUGUCAAAUGCCACCACAGUGGCUAUCACCAGUUCUACACUGACUGCCAGCUCCACGCCAAAUGCCACCACAGUGGUCACCACCAGCUCUACAGUGACUGCCAGCUCUACGCCAAAUGCCACCACAGUGGUCACCACCAGCUCUACAGUGACUGCCAGCUCCACGCCAAAUGCCACCACAGUGGUCACCACCAGCUCUACAGUGACUGCCAGCUCUAUGCCAAAUGUCACCACAGUGGCCACCACCAGCUCUACAGUGACUAGCACCUUGGUGGUCACAACCAACAGCACGCAGAGCAGCAGUCCAAUGCCCACAAGCAGCAAUGCCACCCCAACAAGCACCAAGAAUGACACCACCCUGAGUGCCUCCACAGUUUCUACAAACCACAGCUCCACUGGGGGUUCGGUGCCCACCAAGCCUGAAGCAAAUACCACCAGCUCAACUCAGCCCACAGCCUCAGUGCCCACGGGAGUCAACGGCACCAACACAACGAGCACAACCAGUCCUACCGCUGCGGGGAUGUCAAUAAGCGACGUGACGAAGAACCCGGGCCUGGUGGCCGUGCUGUGUAUCUUUGCCAUUGUGGUGGUCCUCGUUCUGGUGGUGGUCAUCGCCAAGGCAUGUAAACCCCACAAGCCGCAGUUUGAGCGCCUGGAGGACAUGCAGAUGAACAACGUCAACGAGGAGUCGCCCUUUGCACACUACACCCCUAAGUGACCUCUGACCCCGGUGGGCACCCAUGACCAGCGCCUCUUCACUGCCAAAGCAGGCUCCUGUGGCAAGUGGACAUUUGGACAUUUGGUGUGUCUACUUGCACCUUUCAGUAGGGCCCAUUAUUACCGAGCAAAUCACGAGACAUGGCUAACAAAUAAAAGAGUGCCCAAGA